AUGGAGUUUACAUGGCAGGCCAAUACUCCCCAAUGGCGGAGUAGAAACCGGGCUUCACGAGCUUGUCCGACCUGCCAGCGACGAAAGAAGCGGUGCCGGCACCUCGCUCCUAGUUCAGUGGAGGGUCAACUCCUACCGACACACAAUAAUACCAAUAAGCUUGAUACAGUUCGCAAUGUCGCCAGUCCUUUGGAUUUUCGGGACUCGCAUACCCAUGGUCUCGCGACCUGGGAGAGAACCUCGUCAGCAGAUCCAGCUUUGCAAACAAUCCCCAGUACGGAGCGAUUCGUAGGAGACUUGAACCCGGAAGCAUUCAUACGAGAGAAGCUGGAUGAAACCACCGGUAACCGUCUCCGGGACCGGGUUGGGCUCUGGAUUAGCUCCCCAUCUAUACAGGAUCGUGAUCAUGAUGUGCAUAAUUCGCGACAUACUGCAGACAAGAAAGACUUUCCUGCAUUGCCACCGGCACCAACUUUGGACCGACGGGCAAUUGAAAUUCUAUUAAACAAGCGAUCCUCCUCGGCAAUACAGGCAUGUGGUCAGCUCCCUAAGACGACUCUGGAGCCUCUCACAGCUAUCUACUUUUCCAAGAUCAAUCACACCAUUCCUCUACUAGAGAUGGACUCUUUUGUCAACGCCCAAGCUCAAAGCUCCGUGUCUAAUUUUCUCGAGCGGGCCAUUUGCCUUGUUGCGGCGAAAGACCCAGAAGCUCUUCCAUAUCUGCGCUUAGUAGAGGAAGGACCGGUUGUGCCAACACGUCAAUUCUGCUCUAGCAUCUACAGUGGGCUCACGGUCGCCAUGGAUAUGGAGUUGGAGUCUGAUCGCUUGACCCGUAUCCGUAUCCUUGCACUGUUGUCUUUGCAUUUUGAAGGCAGUGAGGGGGGAGAGGCCGCAUCCUUGCAUCUUUGCCAGGCCAUUCACCAAGCCCAAACGGUAGGUUUGCACCUUGAUCGACCGGAUCGGACAUCUGAAGACCCUUUGGUCAAGUUGUUCUGGGGCCUCUGGACCCUAGACAAAAUGCACGCAAGCAUCGGCGGUCGCCCCGUUCUUUUGGCCGACCGCGACAUUGGAAUACCAAGACCAAAAUCCCACACCCGAGGAGCAUUUGGCGUGUGGCUUGCCAUAUCAGACUUGCUUGCAACCGUCAUAUCGUAUUAUCGACCCUCUGCUGUAUCUACUAGCGGAUGGGAGGAAGGGUUCCCGGCAUUUGAGGAUAUUGUAGGAGAUGAUGCGCACGGGGACUUAGAUUUUUCAACUCUUGGGAUUUUGGAGCUAUAUUAUCACUGUGUCGCUAUCUUGUCCUGUCGGUACAAACUGACCGAUGGUCUCGAUGGCACCAAGGUUUCCUCUAUUAGGCAGGGCCUCGCGGCAGUUCGGAUUCACUCUAUUGUUGCCUCGGAAUGUGCAGGCAGGCUACCACCGCUUCCCAUUGUCCCCUACGCAAUAUCCCUAUCAAUGAGUGUCUCCUACCGACAGCUUCGCUCUAGCAAGUUGAUUACCCAUUUUAAUCGAGCCAAGGCCAGCUUGGAAACAUGCUGCUUUUUGCUCGAAGAUCUCAGUCCUCGCUGGUCUUCUGCCGAAGCAAUGGCACGCCUUGGCCGAAAAGCCUUACAGCAUAUUGACCAUGAGCACCCGCAAUAUGCCCAACCGAAGACAGCAUUGCUGCCACAGCCUUCUCGCGUACAUCCAGGCCGCCCGGAGCCUAUUGCUCUCUCCAACAAUAUUGAGAUCCAGUCAGACCCGGGUGACUCCGGAGGUAACACUGGUAUGUCAGUUGCGGAUCUUGCUCCUGAAUUGUCUAUGAAAAGCCCUCUACCAUCCAUGAAUGACAUUGAAGCUUCAAUGGAUGGCUUUGCCGACAUUGAUACCUUAUUUGGGGAAUUCCUGGAUCUGUCUCUUCCGACGAAUUUUUGGGAUCCCAUAUUUACAGAGACAGAACCAAAUAAUCAAGGAUCAUGA